UGCGCCAGGCAGCGCUUGGGCGUUCCUCGUUCGCCGUCGCAGUCACUCACGGUGCCCCACUCAUCACUCCCUUAACUUUCCGCCUCUCCAUCCCUCAGUCACACGGUCGCAGAGUCGCCGUUAUCUCUCGCUCAGUCGACGGCUGGUGAUUCAUCCCCAGAAGACCGGAAAUCUUGCUCAGUCCCGGUCUCGCUCAGACAACCUCACUCCCUUAGGUCUUCAAUCGAGUCCAAUGGACAGAUUACGCCAGGAAAAAAUACACAAGUUUGAAGAAUUUGUUGAUCAACGUUUGAAACCGGAUCUUGUUCAUGCUAUUGCUGCACGGGACAAGGUCUUUGAACAACAAAAAAUCUUCUCUGAUUUGCGAAGGAACAUUGAGAAUCUAGACAAAAAUAGUGUGACCAGCCUUAAAACGUUGGUCAAUAUUGGUUCUGAGGUGUACCUACAAGCAGAAGUGCCUGAUACACAGCACAUAUUCGUGGAUAUAGGUCUGGGAUUCCAUGUGGAGUUUACCUGGUCUGAAGCUCUCAAUUAUAUAACCCAAAGGGAAGAAAGAAUAAAAAGGCAAUUAGAGGAGUAUACAAAAUUAAUUGCUUCAAUCAAAGCCCAGAUCAAGCUGGUUUGUGAGGGUAUUAGGGAGUUGCUUCAACUUCCGGCAGAGAAGCCUUUACCAGAGCGCACAUUUUGAUGUUAACCAGUAGAUACACAAAUUGUUUCUAAAGAAAUUGCAAGCGGAACAGAGCUGGGAAAGAUUUCACCCAUGUUCAUUUUUUCACAGACAAGAUUGUACCUAUCUCUGAGCAUGUAGUGAAAUUUCAAAUCGAUCUUGUUGCCUGUGAUCAAAAUGCUAAACUGUGAGCGUUUGGAAAUUGGAUCAUGAGCCAUGAACAUUGAUGAUAUGAAUAUAAGAGAAAGGUAAAAGGAAGUAUUUUAAGGAAGAGAGAAUAUAUGCCCAUUGAUGGGAUAAAUAAGUAUUGACUUAUUAUUAGAAUAUAGCUAUAAAUGAGAUGACAAGUGUCUAGUAAA